GCUUUAGUGGUACGCGCUGGAGCAGGGUGUGAAGAUGGCGGACGAGGAGGCCGAACAGGACCGUAGUCCUGAGAAAGAUACCAGUAAAACGAUUUGGGAACUCCGGCAACGUUUGCAGGAUCUACAAGAAGUUGUAGUCCAAGAGAGCAGCACCUCCCGGGUCCAAUCGUCUUCUGAGUAUUGUCAAGGGUUUUGUAGGACACUUCUGGAGUAUGCAGGCCGUUGGAAGAUUGAAGAUGAACCUUUACCAUUGGUGGAAGUUUAUAUAGUGGCCUUGCUGAGUUAUGCUCAGGCUUCUCCAUUCCUCUCCCUGCAGUGUGAAAAUGUUCCUCUUGUGAUUGAGAGGCUGUCAUUGAGUUUUGUGGAGCUCUUGCUCUCAUUGAAGGACAUUCCAGAGGGCCUGUGGGACAGUUUUAAGUCGUCUUUGCAGUUUGCUCACAGUAAGCUGCAGGAGAAUGGACUCACUCAGCUGUCCCCACUGUCUGCUCUGGGUCAGUAUGAUGGCGUUUGGACCAACAAGAUCUUGCAAGGCCUUUUGUCCAAUGACAAUAUCCAGCCUGAACUUGUUGAGGAGUUCCUGGUGCAGGAGGGACUGGUACUGUCAGAGUUGAGAGUGAAGCAACUGAUGAAAGAGAAGCAGCUGGAGAAGGCUGCACUGCUGGCAAAGAUGUGCUCAGAGUGUUCUGUUUUCCAAGGGAAGGGGCCUUUCAAACAGCUGUACCUGGUCUGCCUCUGUUCUACUUCUGAUCAGGAUCAUCUAAUGGAAGAGCUUUCAAAAGAGGACUGUCGUGAUGCAUUGGAGAUGAUUUGCAAUCUGGAGUCGGAUGGAGAUGAGGUGGCAGCUUUCAGUCUAUGUUCAGCUUUCUUGAGCCGACAGCUUUUUCAAGGAGAUAACUACUGUGCUUGGGAGCUCACUCUGUUUUGGAGCAAGCUGUUGAAGCGAUUGGAGCCAUCAGAGCAGACCUUUCUUGACAGAUGCCGCCAGAUGUCCUUACUUUCCAAAACCAUAUACCACAUCCUGUUUCUCAUCAAGGUCAUCCAGUCUGAGAUUGACAGCAUCGGAGUCCCGGUGUGCAUUGAAAUGUGCAUUAGAGCUCUUCAAAUGGAAUCAGAUGAUGGAAACACCAAGGCCACUGUCUGUAAAACAAUUUCCUGUUUGCUUCCAACUGACCUAGAAGUGAAGCGAGCCUGUCAGCUGACUGUGUUCCUCCUGGAGCCUACAGUUGAUUCAUACUAUGCUGUGGAGACUCUGUACAAUGAACCAGAUCAAAAACUGGAGGAGGAGGAGAUGCCCAUUCCCAACUCUCUACGCUGUGAGCUCCUAUUGGCUUUUAAAACCCAGUGGCCUUUUGACCCAGAGUUCUGGGACUGGAAAACACUGAAGCGUCAUUGUCUUGGAUUAAUGGGUGAAGAGGCUUCAAUAGUGUCAUCCAUUGACCUGCUGAAUGAUAAUGAGAGUCCUGAAGAAGAGGAAGAGUUUUUCAGUAAUGAGGUGUUUAACAAUAUCCCUGACCACAUAGUCAGUGGCACUUAUGAACUAAAAGAUGUAACAGACAAAAAGGAGAAGAACAGAGAAAUGAAGAAACUGAGAGAACAAGGUUUCAUAUCUGCCAGAUUCAGAAACUGGCAGGUGUAUAUGCAGUACUGUGUGCUGUGUGACAAAGAAUUUCUUGGCCACAGGAUUGUACGCCAUGCACAGACUCAUCUGAACAGUGGAGUAUAUACCUGCCCUAUAUGUGCUCAAACCUUUAGCUCAAAAGAUACUUUAAUUCCCCAUGUAACGUCACAUGUUAAACAGUCUUGCAAGGAAAGGCUAACUGCAAUGAAAACAAACAAGACAUUGGCUCAUCCCAAAAUGGCUGCCUCCGUUUUCACAAAUUUAAAGACGGAAAACGAACCAUACAAAAGUAGUGUUUCCUCAGGGCAAAAAGAAGGGCUGCUUAAAAAUGUGCAGGUCAAGUUGGAGAGAUGUAACACGGAGUGUAAAGAGGAAAAUGUAUGCCCUGUUGGAAAAUGCAGGAGGAGCUUCAAAUUUUUCAAAAAUCUCAUUGCACAUGUUAAAGCCCAUGGGGACAACGAGGAAGCAAAGACCUUCCUGGAAAUGCAGAAGAAAAAGGUUGUUUGCCAGUAUUGCCGCCGCCACUUUGUUAAUGUCACCCAUCUAAAUGAUCAUUUACAGGUCCACUGUGGCACACGGCCAUAUAUUUGUAUACAGUUGAACUGCAAGGCGAGUUUUUUGUCCAACACUGGGCUCCUCCUACACAGGAAAACGCAUUCGGUUUUCAAGGCUAGAUGCAUGUUUCCCAGUUGUGGCAAGAUUUUCAGUGAAGCCUUCAAACUGUAUGACCAUGAGGCACAUCAUUAUAAAACUUUCACGUGUAAAGUUGUGGACUGUGAAAAGGUGUUCCAUUCACAACAACAGCUGGAUUUACACCAGAAAGGUCAUGACACUCAAAAUGAAAGUCCAACUUGUGAACAAACUUCACAAAAUAUUCAAGUUGGCUCUUCACUUGAAAAGAUGCUUUCAAAUCAUUCUCCCCAACUACAAGAGACUGUCAAAGAGGACCAGAGCACUGUAACUGCUGACAACCUAGAUCAUGGAAGACUGCCGGUGUUAAAUGAAAGUUUGCUCAAAUCUUCCCAACCACCUGUAGAAACUGCAGGACAGUACAGAGUAACACACAAGCCACAAAAUAUGCCUCUCUCAACCAGUGAGACCCAGAGUUUAAAUAAUUCUGUGAUUCAGCCCGUCAAUGCACUUACCUCACCUGAUGCUUCUGCACACAGAGAUGCUCUAGGUGGAAGUUCUUUUCAUUAUAUGAGACCACCUCAACAGAAUCAUCCUGUACAUCCGUUUGAAGACAAUUUAGGUCAUCUGUCAAAUAGCUAUAAUACACAUGUCUUACAAGACCAACCACAAAGAUUCCCAAGUAAUAUGAACACAGGAUCAAUGAGUUACAGCUCUCAAUGUAACUUACCAUUGCCAGGACGGCAGCAUCCAACGUGUAGCAGCAACCUGUUAACAGGACCACUAGAGCCAGAAAUGUCACUACUUCCGCCACCAGUAAUCCAUCAACCACAUUCUGGGAACCGACCAGAGAACUCUGUGAUAUCCUCAACUUCCACAGCUCCCGCUCCAGGACAAAGAGAGCGAUUUCACUGCGCUUUUGAGAUGUGCUCAAGGCACUACAGCUCCUAUAAAAAUGUGACCAAGCACAUGAAAACCAUUCACCCAGAUUUUUAUGAGCGAUGGAAGGCUAGCCGUACUAAGAUAAAGGUAACCUACCUUUCGGCAGCAUGCAUGUCACCUGCUGGUCAUUUUGUGCCAGUUGCCUCACAUCAGGAUCGGCAUGGCAAUGAAGUUCCAGUUCAGAGGCAGAAUGUAAUUCAACCACCACGGUAUACCAACAUGGGUACAAAUUCAAAUUAUACUGCUCUGCAUCCCCAUACUUCAUCUCUCCACAACCAGACUUCUUCACUUCUGAUGGAAAAUACUAUUGUUCCCUCUCAGUUAGGAAAUGAAGGUUUGGGUAGUCAAAGCUGGAACCCGUUCUCUAGAAACGGACAGAUUCAAAAUUGUGGCUCUUCCCAAGUCUAUCCAUCUAAAUUGCAAGUCAUGCCUCAACUUGAUUCUAGUGGUGCUACCCUGCCAUUUAAUGUCCCACCAAGUUCUGUGAUGGGCUCAACAAUGAACAGAGCAGCUGAGUCCUUGCAAUCGUCGCUUAUGGAAAAUGGACCCCAUUCUGUUUUCCCCUCAUGCAUGGACAGCUCAAAGGAAGCAUCACCGCAAGUAGAAGACUGUCUUCCAACAUAUAUGUCACAGAUGCAAAGCAGUUUAGUUUCAGGUUCCAAAGGACCCAUUAAAUUCAAAUGUCCCUCUUCAGACAGUGCAGGCCAAAAAAUUGUUAACAACCAACCUCAAAAUGUAGCCAAGAAAAACAAAAGAACCAAAUGGCCAGCCAUAAUUAAGGAUGGCAAAUUUUUUUGUCGCAGGUGUUUCAGAGAAUUUAGCAAUCCCAAAUCCCUUGGAGGCCAUUUGUCCAAGGGUACAUCCUGCAAACCACACGACUUGUCGCAAAUGAAUGCAGAUCUGCCAGCAUCAUUUCUUGACUUGCUCAAUUCAGAGCCAACUGUUGGCACAGCACAGCCACAGUUGUCUUAUAACCCUGUCGCUGUGCGUCAGGAAAAGCCUCGUGAGUCAGUAACGAGUGCUUCUGCAGCCACAAAAGACUAUCCCACUACCAGUUAUCCACAAGAUAAUGUACCAGCUUUUGGUAAUAGUCAGUCAAACGGUGACAUUCUUAAACAAAUCAUGACUGAAUCCAAUUUGUCCGAUCUUUUUGUGCACUCAUCUGCUUCCCAGCUGUUGUUUCAAAACACUUGUGUUCCCUAUGGAGCCAGUGAGCGUUUACCCAGUAGCUCAGUGAUACAGCACACAGAAACUGCCCAGCUGGAAAGGGGUCAGCGACGAGAAGGCAGCUCGUAUAGUGCAGCCCAUUUUUCUCAGCAAACCAUUGAUGCAUAUACUGAAAGUGAAUUCCCUGAUCCACUUCUCUCUCAAAUCCUCAGAGAAAGCCCUAACUGUAGUGGUCCCACAAACCACAUGACUCCAGGAACAAUUCACAGUCACUCUGCAACAAGUAUUCUGACACCAGAAAGAGAUUUAAACCCAGUAAUGCGAGCCGAGUUCACCGAUGGUCAGCUUAGUCCACCAAAAGAAAGUCUCAGACAGGCUCAGACACAAAGACAGUUUGCUGAGCAAGAUAUUAAGAGGAGGUUGCGGGAGCAAAUUUUAGCAGGUGAUUUUCACCGUAGAAACAGCUCAUGCAUUUUAGGCAGCAGUGACCCCAGUAUCCUUUCAAAGAAUAUUAUGUCUUAUGGUCCAAUGUUCAGCCCUUCCAACAAUUCUGGCCUUGAUCAGGUAUCUUCAGAUGCAAAGAGAGAAUCAGCUUUUCAAGGACAAGACAUCCAAGAAAACUAUGUAAUCAUCCCAGGGACUCCUAACGAAAUUAAACAACUACUGAACACACAAAGCUUUAGUUGUUUCAGGGAGCCCUCCACCCCCCAGCAGGAGGUGCUAAGCCCCACAGCAUUCACUGUAAAUGAUGCAGAUCCUGAACCCACUCAGCUGUCUGCCAGCCAGCAACUAUGGAUGGCAGAUAUUCAGAGUGCGUUUGAAAGGCUAAACUUGUUCAGAGAAAUAUCUCAUCAGCUGUCACCUCCCAACACUAUGAACAACCAGACCGGACCCGCAAAGGUUCAUUCUCGUAGCUCACAUUCUUCUGUAGUUAAGCCGUUUAGUUGUGAGAACAAGACCUGCACCUUCAACUCAAUUUCAAGUGAAUCGCUUUGGAAACAUUUGUCCAAAAUUCACAGCUAUACACUUGAAAUGGUGAAUGCAGUUAAAAAAAGGUAUGGCCUUUAUGCUCCCUUCAAAUGUCAACGGUGCAGUAAACCAUUCACUCGUAACUCAAACCUCCGCACUCACUACCAGUCAGCCCACAAGUUAUCUGUUAAAGAAAUUGCAGAACUGGAUAUGAAGCGCAGGGAGGCCAAAGCUGCUGCAUCUGCUGAUAUGCAAACAUGGCCCGUGAAUACAAACCAAGCUCCAGGGACUCAAACCUCAAUGGCUACUCAUCCAGCACUGGCAGACACAGCACCACAGUGUUCACUACACGAUAGUGGAAAAUGUGGUAACCCAUCACAGGCAUUUGUGCCACAUACUAACAUGGAUAUAACUACACUGAAAAAUCAAGAUGACAUUCGUUCCACUGUCAUUCAUCCCUUGCAAAUCACCCCCAUGAACAACCAAGCCCUAACUGUGCAAAUUCAAGCCCCGGCCUUCACAGGGCCUCCGUCUGUUCAUAAACACAGUGCUACAAAUAAGCACUUAAAGGUUCAGCCAAGCACAGACAUUCGCAAGAAGACCAAGGAGAAAAAGUCCAACUCUGAUGACGCCACGAGUCCCUACAGACCAUAUCGAUGUGUUCAUCAAGGAUGUGUGGCAGCCUUUACCAUCCAGCAUAACCUGAUCCUCCAUUACAGGGCUGUCCAUCAGUCUGCUCUGUCAGCACUGGAGGUUAACAAGGAGCAGGAGCAGAGUGACGGACUGGAUGACUCAUUGGAACAUGAUGAUGAUGAUGAUGAUGAUGUUGAGGAGGAGGAGCCAGAGGCAGAGAUUCCCCAAAUUUCUGAAUUCAGAUGCCAAGUGAAAGACUGCUGCAGAGUUUUCCAAGAGGUUCCCAGCCUUAUGCAGCACUACCUUCAACUGCAUGAGUUCAGUCUUGAUAAGGUUGUCGGUCUCUUAUCUAGCAUCAAACUUGGCAAGUUUACUUGUGGCCUCCAAGGGUGCCUGGCUACCUUUACUACGUCUUGGAAGUACAUUUGGCACGUCAAAGAACAGCAUAAAGAUUUAAAGCUGGCCAAACCUGAACAAUUAAAUGGCUCAUUCAAGUGUGAAAUUGAAGGCUGUGACCGUUCUUAUGCAACAAAGUCCAAUCUUCUCAGACAUGUCAUGAAAAAACAUCAGGAUCUUUCCCCAACUAAACUAAAAAACCAACAGAUAAGUGAAGAUGACAUGAAACAGAACUCUAAAGCCUUGCUUUAUCAAAUUACCAAGACAAGCAAUGGAAAAGAAAACAUUGAGAGCAACAAGAAGCUCUUACAGAGGAGGAGUGACACGAAAAGACUCAGCAGGUCGAAAAGCAAUCACUGGACAAAAUAUGGAAAACCCUCCUUGAAAUCUAAAGUGGAGGCAUCUGCAAUGUGCACCAAGACAUUUCCUCUACAGUAUCCCUGUAUGAUCAAAGGAUGUGAGUCAGUCAUGAAAUCAGAGCGCAGCGCAUUAAAACAUUACAUGGGGCACGGGCUGUCAGAAAAGUACCUGGAACAGCAGCGCAGUCAUUUCAUAUUCUGCAAAAAGUUCCCCCGGCAAAAGUAUCGGUCCAACAGGAGUGACGAUUCCAAAUCAGACAACACAUCUGACCUGUCGGACAACGAGCUGGCGACAGACACCGGCCUGGACGGAGUACAAUAUGGAAGUUCUAAACCUGUCCUCCGCAGAAGGACCACAGCCGACGUUCCCGCUACUUUGUUUGACAGCAAAGUGUCCAACGAUGAAAGCUCCGACGGCUCUGUGGUGGUGGUCAAACGCAAACGCGGACGUCCACGGAAACUGGUUGAGAAAUUAGUCAAACGGAAGAAAGUCCCUCGCACCACCAAGAGCGACGUGGUGUCCAGCAAGGAUGAGGAGUCAGGCUCGUCUUGUCCUGCAGUGCUUCAGGAGGAGACGUCUGAGCAGAGUGCUCCGCUGGCCUCCUUCAAACCCAUGGGAUUUGAAAUGUCUUUCUUACAGUUUCUGGAACAGUCUAAUAAAUCUGAUCAGACUUUCACCAGAAAGGUUGAUGCACCAGAGACCACAAGAAAAGCGUCCAGUCUAACAGCCAAAGACACUCGUGUUCGAUUCAACAACCGGCAGAAUUUGAAAUCCCUUGCUAAGGUUAAGAUAAUAAUAGAUGCUACGUUUUCAGGUGUUUCAGAGCUCAUGUUGAAACAGCUGCAAGUCCUGCAGCCCACAGUGGUGUUGGAAAAAAAAAUGACUCCUUUUGUUCUGUUGUUUAAAGCACAAUCUCGGGACUGAAGGGCGUCAAAUCUGCUGCAGACUGCUGAUCUUUUUUUCACUCAUGUAGAAAGAAAAUGUUCAGACUUAUUCUACAUGGUCUUCUUUUAUAUAAUGUGAAUAGCAUGUUUUUAUUUAUGGGCCACUGAGUUGAAAAGUGUACUAAUGUUUUGUUCUGUUUAAUCACAUCAGCCUUGGGUCUUUAAAUUAUCCCUGUGGGACUUUCAGACAAAUGAACAUUCAUGAUUAUGUGUACUUUGUGAUUUCAGGAUGUUAAUUAUUAUUGUGCAAUGUGUAUAUAGUUGGAAAUAGCCCACUGCCACCAGCAGUCUUACUAUUAAACUGAUUUUUACCAGUUUCA